GGGAGCACAACGCACAGCGGGCCGGUUGGGUGCCAUGUGAGCCGCAUGGGCCCCAUCGCGAAGCAGAUGACGCAGAGCCUGCAGACCACCUUCAAAGGUGGCAACCGACUUCAAGGCAUUUACUUCCAGGUGGACGUUCUGGACGACAUCAACCUCGUGAGCCUCACCGGCAGCUUUGCAGACGCCGGCCACGUCUACGUGCAUGUCCGCUCUGGUGUGAUCGGGGAGCAAGUUGGAGGCAACUGGACCCUUGUGCAAAGCACACAGGUGGAUUGCGGUGGCCAGAAGAACGUGCCCAUCGGCCAGGUGCUUACUCGCGGAAGCUAUACGCUGCACGUAGCCUGCUCUUCCUCCAUCAUAUACUCUGAUGCAUUGUCCAUCCAUGAUGUGCUGGCACAGGAUGACAAUUUGGUUAUAUACAAUGGCUGGGGCACUGCGGACUGCGAUCGCAUACCUUUAGAUCGGGACUACUCCGGAUGCCCCUGCCGCAGCUGGAACGGCAUCGUGGAGUACCGCUGUGAGGUGGAGUCUGUCUACAGAGACCAGCAUUUGCGGCGCCUUGUGGCUGCCAUGCAUCAUGACACCGACUUUGCCGAUGUCGAGAUCAAGUGCGGCAAUCGAAGCUUUCAUGCACACCGCGUGGUGCUGGCCUCUGCUUCGCCCGUCUUCGCAAAGAUGCUGCAGAGCGACAUGAAGGAGGCGCACAGCCGACAGAUUCUCAUCGAGGAUGUCUCCGCAGAGGUGGUGGCCAAAGCGCUGCGCUACAUGUACACAGGUGAGGUAGCGGAUGAUGUCGACAUAGAGUCACUUGGCUUUGCCCACAAGUACGACAUCACAGGCAUGAUGCAGCCUGUGAGUAGCAAAAUCCUUAAGAAUCUCUCUCCUGAGAACGUCUCUGCCACAGUUCGGUCGUUGAGACCAUACAAGCGCAGCAUCUCAGAGGUUUCCGACAGCGGGCUGUCGCAGCUGCAUGCGCGGGUGCGCCAGAGGGUCCUCAAGGACUUGAAGCUAAUGGAGGCUUGCUUGGAUGGCCUGUGAAUCCGUGAGCUAAGCCCUGAGAGCUUCAAAGCCCUGGGCCAGGGCAAAGAUCUGCCCCAGGCCACACGUCAAACGCCCCUCGCAUCUCGGAGAUGUUCCGUCACAAAGUCUCGUACGCUUUGAUGCCUCAGGGCUUUGAAAAUAAAGUCAGCAAUGCGGCAGGGCCUGAAAAUGAAGGCUGCCGCCAGUAUCACCUGGCAGCCAAUGUUUUGUGUUUUAAUGCAUUGCGAUGCGAUGCGAUGCAGUCCAACCUCGGUGCAUGCCCAUUUUGCAGCCUCGUUGCGUCUGUGCCAGCGCUGCGGAAGCACGCAGUGCCGGCCAGCAGCGCUUGGCAGCAUGCGAGCUUUCAAACCUCAUCUGAACGGCACUUAGAGCACUUGCUCGAGCCAUGGACAGUGUUACAUUUCAGAGCUCAGGGGCAAAAAG